AUGAAAACCAUUGAAAUCUUCUGUGCAUCACAAGCCUCAACAGCCAUAUGUCUUAACACUGAUCACGCCUCCUCCUCCUCUUCUUCUUCCUCAAACACCAUUCAAUUUGGUGGUAGAGCCAUCGAUCGCCACAACCCCAUCAUCACAGAUCCAAAAAGAACACCAGCAAGAGAUUUCACUCUCCCCGCCUCUUCUUCUCCAUCACCCAUCAACCCAAAACCUCCCCAUGAUCUCAAAAAGACCAAGAAAAAGAAAACUACUGCUACAAAGAAAACUACUACGCCCAAUGAAAAUUCAACUGAACAUAAAGAUAUUGCUAAUAAUUUCUCUUCAAAACCGUUUGAUAGUAUUCUAAGAAGAAGUUGGCUUAAACCACCUUCUCAUUCAAUCACCCCUCCUUCUUCAAGAUAUUUACUCGAUGACAUAACUUCUUUGGACGGUGUUUUAGAUUAUGACCCUGUUUUGGGUUUAACUAAGCUUGAUGAUAGCAAAAAGAAAGCUCAAGUUUUUGAUGAAGAUGAAAAUAAUCAUUCAUCCAAACAACACUCUAGCUCCUCUGUUCCAAAGCCUAGUUCUACAAACCAGGUUGUGGUGUUAAGGGUUUCUCUGCACUGUAAAGGCUGUGAAGGGAAGGUGAGGAAACAUCUUUCCAGAAUGCAAGGGGUUACGUCCUUUAACAUAGACUUUGCAGCAAAGAAGGUGACAGUAGUUGGCGAUGUGACUCCAUUGAGUGUUAUGGCAAGCAUAUCAAAGGUGAAAACUGCGAAAAUUUGGCCAGAAACUGCUGCACCAAAUGGAUCUGGUGCUGGUGAAACAAAGAAAACAAAUGCUGUGAUCUAG